AUACCGUUCCAUUCCCCUACUCCUCCCAUUUUUCACGGACAAAAUCUCGGUCUCUGUUUCCCUCCGUCAAUUCUAGUUCUAGCUCAUAUAUAUGGAUCGGAGAAGGACAGAGAGUCCAGUUUAUGUUAGGCAAUGGAGCGGGGGAUCGAGCAGCACUGGGUCAUCGUCACCGGUCCGAUCACCUGCGCAUCCACGUUCGCGGCUGCCUCCGGUAGCGGCGGGGAUGUCGACUAUCAAAAGGACUCAGAACGUCGCCGCUAAGGCAGCUGCUCAGCGUCUGGCGCAGGUCAUGGCUACUUCGCAGACGCAGGAUGACGACGAAGAGGACGAUGAUCUAGGGUUCCGGCGGCCGAGUUCUGCCUUCUCUGGUAAUGGCCGUACUCACAGUAAUAGUAAUACUUACGGAAGUGGGUUUUCAGCCGUCUCAAUUGCUAAGCCCAAUCGAUCUCCCUCGCCUGCGUUAGGUAGGAACUUUAUGGAUCACACCCCUACAGUGCGCUCCACAUCUGCGGGAAGAUCGUCAUUGUCUGUCCGUACCGGAUCAACCACUUCACCUGCAGCAGUUGUGCCACCAAGUAGAACUUCUCUGAGAACACCCGCUUCAGUUCCUCCCAUUGAACCCCCUAGUAGUAUACUACGAGAGAAGAGGUUUUCACCAGAUGUGGGGCGCAUUGAUUUAAAAGAGCCGGGAAAGCAGAACGAGGCUUCCGCACUUCAGGAUGAACUUGACAUCCUCGCAGAAGAGAAUGAGAUUAUCUUAGACAAGCUUCGCCGUGCGGAAGGAAAACGUGAAGAAGCAGAGGCUAGAGCUAGGGAACUGGAAAAACAGGUUGCUGCACUUGGAGACGGUGGAUCCCUUGAAGCAAAAUUGUUGAGCAGGAAGGAAGCAGCGCUUCGUCAAAGAGAGGCCGCUCUUAAAGCUGCGAUGCAAAAUAAGGGCGAGAGAGACGAAGAAACGGCAUCUCUUCGUGUAGAGAUUGAUAACUUGAAAGAUGAUACUGCACAUGCUGUAGAGCAACUACGUGAAGCUGAAUCUGAAGCUAACACUCUUCGCAGAAUGACCCAGAGGAUGAUUCUGACUCACGAAGAGAUGGAGGAGGUUGUUUUGAAGAGAUGUUGGCUUGCUCGAUACUGGGGCCUAGCAGUAAAUUAUGGUAUCUUUGAGGAUAUUGCAGUCCCAAAACAUGAACUCUGGUCAUCUUUAGCACCUCUUCCGCUUGAAAUAGUAAUUUCUGCUGGCCAGAAGGCCAAAGAUGAUUCCUGGAGUGGUGGAGACAAUUCGGAUAGGGGUAAACUUGUCCAUGAAUUGAGCGACUUUACCGGGGAAGGAAACAUUGAGAGUAUGCUUUCUGUUGAAAUGGCUCUAAGGGAAUUGGCAUCCCUGAAGGUUGAAGAUGCUGUUGUUUUAGCACUGUCUCAAACUCGGCGUUCGAAUGUUGUUCGGCAGUCAUUUUCUGAUAUUAAACAAUCAGGUGACUCUAAAUAUGAUGAUGUAUAUGACUUAAGCGAGGAGGAGGCUAAUGAUGUCCUUUUCAAGCAGGCAUGGCUAACUUAUUUCUGGAGAAGAGCUAAAGUCCAUGGCGUUGAAGAGGACAUUGCAGAAGAGAGACUUCGAUUCUGGAUAAGCCGUAAUGGUCAAUCGCCGACGAUCCAUGAUGCUGUUGAUGUUGAAAGGGGGUUGACGGAAGUCACGAAAUUGGGGAUUGAACGACAGCUAUGGGAAGCGUCCCGCAAGGAAUUUAUUGAUCAGCCGCCUUUAUCUUCUACUCUUGACCUCAAAAUAGUUGCCGAGGCAUCAUGUUAAAGGCCUUUUUUCCUUGUACUUUUCAUAUAGUUCGUUUUACAUCUCUUGAUGUAUGGUUUGUUGCAUUGCAAAAGGCAGAUAGAGGCUACAAGUGGGUUGCAGAAAAUGUAAUUAGUUGAAAAUCUGUCAAGUUUUUCAAGCAACGCUGCUAUAUGCAGGUUGGGUUCAAGAGUUUCUAUAGAAAUAUUCUUUGAUUUUUUUUACUCCUCAAGCAACGCUGAUUUUUUUAAUAUGAUUAAGGAUGUCUUCUUUCCGACUUAAA